AAGCGCGCGGCCGCUCCGCGCACUAGUUUGGCCUCGGCGAGCGGCCGUCGCCGUGCGCGAAGAUAGCCGGAAACGCUGCCGGAAGGAGCGGGGUCUCACUUCCGCCGGGCGGGCGAUGCAGGUCUGAAGAGAUCUGCUGGAUGAGGAGCCCAGUGUGGUGUGUUCUGCAGCCAUGUUCAGGGGACUGACUCUACCACAACUGGCUUUUGCCAGCAUCCUUGGAAUUGUGGGAGGAAUAUAUAUUUAUCAGCCCAUAUUUGAACAGUAUUCCAGAGACCAAAAGGAAUUGAAACAAAAGGAGAAACUGGCACGAGACUUUGAAGAGAAGGGAAGCUCAGGUGGCCGGGCAAAUGGGGCUGCUUAAUGGACCGCUGGAUUGGACACUGACUGAGCUAGUGAAAUAGGUGCAUUUUAAAUAAAUAAAUGAUGGAUAAUGGAAA